AUGGAUUUCGAAAAGCUCAAGAAAAACCGAACUGUUAUUAGAACAGCAGUUACGAAAAUAACGAAUACUAUUGAAGGUUUAAUUAAAGAAGAUCAAAUAGAUUUAGAGACCCUAGAAGAGCUAUUGAAUCAAUUGCAUAUUAAAGCAGAACUGUUAAAGAAAAUUGAUGAAGAUAUCGAACCGUUGUUAGAAUUAGAAGAAUACGAAAAAGAACUGAUAUCAGCAUAUGAAUACGCUGAAAAAGUUUCGAACACAAUAUUUCGCGCUCAAAGAAAAUUAAAGGAAAUUAAAUCCUCUAAUAAUAGCCAAGCGAACAUAAGUUCGAACAUGAGCGAGAAAUUAAUAUACGAAACAAAACACGUGAAGCUUCCAAAAUUGAACAUUCAAAAGUUUUACGGUGAUUGCACCCAAUUUUAUUCCUUUUACAACACUUUCAAAGUCUCGAUUCAUGAAAAUGAAACGCUUUCAAAAACUGAGAAGUUUAACUACCUAAAAAGUUAUUUAGGCGGCCCUGCAGCUAAUGCAAUUGCGGGUUUUGAAAUUUCAGAUGAAAAUUACGACUCUGCGCUUCAAAUAUUAAAAGAACGAUUCGGACAAAAAGACGUCAUAAUUAACAGCCAUAUGAACAAAUUGCUUAACUUAUCUCCUGUUUACAAAAUUACCGACAUUCCAAAGUUAAAACGGAUUCACAAUGAAAUAGAAGUUAACGUUCGGUGCCUUUCCGCUUUAGGAUUGAAGUCAAAUUCCUAUUCUGCAAUGCUUUUAGCAGUAGUAUUGAAAAUAAUACCCCAUGAAUUGGCAUUGGAAUAUAAUCGACAAAAUAAGAAAACCUCUUGCGUUCCAGACAUAAAUCAAUUCUUGAAUUUCUUGCAAACAGAAAUUUUAACACGAGAACGAACUUAUUCGUGUAGGUCGAAGCCAUUUGAAUCAAACAGUAAGAAUAAAAAUUCAACUUUGUCUAAUAGACAAGAUAGCGCUUGCAUUUCCACCAGCGGUUUUUUCGUUGCUGCGAAGAAUGGAAAUGAAGCUUUCGCUGAUAAGAAAACGGAUAAUUGUUUAUUUUGUAAAAAAGAACACGAUGUUCUCAACUGUCGCUUAAGUGUUGAAAAAAAGAGAAACGUAUUGAAGAAUCAAGGUAGAUGCUUUUUGUGCCUUGGAUUAAGACACCGUUUGAAAGAUUGUUUAUCGGGAAGGAAUUGUAAAUACUGUUCCGGUAAACAUAAUGAAAAUAUUUGCUAUAAAUUUAACAAUUUGGCUAACGAUAAAUCUAAUGAAGAAUCUCUUAUGGGCAAUGGGACGGAAAAUGUAAUUUCUGCUGUAUCGCAUAUGGGAAAUAAAAAUAGGACUCUUUUGCAAACGAGUUACGUGUUAGCAAAAAAUGAAAACUUAGAUUUGAACUGUGGUACACGCGUUUUACUGGAUUGUGGUUCGAUGCGUAGCUUUACCACGCAAAACAUAGCUAAUAAAUUAAAAUGCAAAGUACUAAGGAAAGAAAAAUUAUCAGUGUACACAUUUGGAAGUAAAACCCCGAUCGAAAAAUACUACGAUGUCAUCAAACUUACGUUAAUCAACAGAAACUCUCCCGACUUAAAAAUAGAAAUUGAACUGUUGGUUACAGACGAAAUAUCAGGAUCAAAUAUUCCCCCUCCCGAAGUUGAAGACUUUAAGGGUAUGAAACAGUUGAAAAAUUUGACACUCGCGGAUUUUCCAGAAAGUAAAGAACCCAUUACAAUUUUAAUUGGUGCUGAUUAUUAUUAUAACGUUGUAACGGGAAAUAUUAAGCAUUUGAGCAAAACACUAGUUGCAGUUGAAACAAUUUUCGGUUGGUGUUUACAAGGAAAAAAAAGUGAAAAUAACUUUUCUUUAAUGAUGAAUGUAGUCGUAGAAAAUAGCGCGAUUUCAGAACAAAUUCAGAAGUUUUGGGACUUAGAAACUUCAGGUCUUAUUGAUUCGAAACAAGAUGCUGACCCAACAGAAAAUGAAAUCAUGAGACAAUUCGAGUCUCAGAUCAAAUAUGAAAACAAAAGAUAUACAGUGGGGUUACCCUGGAAAUUAGAAAAGCGGGAUUUAAAAGAUAAUAGGAAGAUAGCUGAAGAGAGAUUUUCUAGACUUAGAAAAAGAUUUUAUAGAAACCCCGAGUUGUAUUUUGAAUACAAAAAGGUGAUAGAUGACUAUUUACGACAAAAAAUUAUUGAACCAGUUAUUAACCCAGAUGAGGAAGACGAAGUUAAAUUUUACCUGCCCCACAGAGAAAUAAUUAGGAAAGAUCGUGAGACGAGUAAAUUGCGUAUAGUUUUCGAUGCCUCCUCUCAUGAUUCUAAUUGUCUAUCUUUAAAUGACUGUCUUCAUAUAGGUCCAAAUUUAUAUUCUGAAAUAUUUGAUAUUUUAUUGAGAUUUCGCUUUCACCCCAUUGCUUAUACAACGGACAUGAAACAAGCAUUUUUGCAAAUUUCGCUCAAAGAAGAAGAUCGAGAUGUUACUCGUUUUUUCUUUACCGAUGACCCCUCGGACGAAUCUAUUGCACCCCAGGUUUAUAAAUUUACUCGCGUUCUAUUCGGCAUCAGUAGCAGUCCGUUUUUAUUGGCAGGAACUUUGAAAUAUCAUCUGAAACAGUAUACUGAAAAAUAUCCGGUGACUACAAAAUUUUUAAAUGAUAAUAUUUAUGUCGAUGACAUCAUCUGUAGUCUUGCAUCUGUAGAUGAAGCCUUAUCUCAUACAUUAGAGUCCAUAGCAAUUUUCCAAGAUGCUAGUUUGUCACUACACAAGUGGCGCACUAAUUCGAAGACCCUACGCGAAUUGUGGAAAAAACAUGGAGUGAUUUCGAGUGAUAAUGCCGAACACCUCAAAGAAGAAAAUAUGACAUACAAAGUCUUAGGUAUAGCAUGGGACAACUUAAAGGACAUUCUUUAUUUUGAUGUUGGAGAUCUAGUCAAAUUUGUUUCUAGAGGAACUGACACUAAACGCUACGUGCUCCAGGUCUUAGGACGCAUCUUCGAUCCUAUCGGAAUUUUAGGUCCUUUUACAGUGAGAAUUAAAUGUUUGAUGCAACAGAUUUGGGCGUUACGUAUUGAUUGGGAUGACAGAUUACCCGAAGAUCUAAGUUCGUUAUGGAGAAGCUGGUGCGAAGAAGUUCCUCAACUGACGGAAAUUUCAAUCCCACGCCACUAUUUUUCCGAAAACCUAAAUAUUGAUAUCAAGACUCUUGAACUUCAUUUCUUUUGUGACGCAAGUAUGAAAGCAUUUGGAACAGUUGCCUACAUGCGUGUUUUAUCUCGAAAUGAAGACGUUCGAACGGCCUUUGUAGCUUCUAAAAAUAGAGUUGCUCCGAUAAAAUCUCUUACAUUGCCUCGGCUGGAGCUCAUGGCUGCAGUAUUGUCAGCAAAAUUAAGUUUUAAUAUUUUGAAAUCCUUGAAGUGUGACAUUCCGUGCUAUUUCUGCACCUUCAGACUGGUUUUUUUGCCCCGGAAAGUCAACCCUUCAGAUACCUUGUCGAGGGGAGCAAAAGUUUCUAAACUGCUAGAAGAUCCAACCUGGCUGACAGGACCGCAGUGGCUAAAAAAUUCUCCAGAAUACUGGCCGAAGUCAGAAAAUGAUGAAGCAAUAAAUACAGAAGAAUUGGAAUACAGAAAGAAAUCGAAGGACAUCUUUCAGUGUGAAUGUCUUGUUGAAGAAAAGGAAAAUGCAAUCAACAUUACUAAAUUUAGUAAUAUGGAGAAGUUAGUAAGGAUUACAGCUUGGGUGAAGAAGUCGAUCAUGAAAUUUAGAAAGAUUUCUAAUAUAGAAAACACAUUGACCGCUGAAGAAUUAAUAGAAGCUGAGAAUCAGCUGAUAAGAUUAGAACAGAAGAUCUUUUUUAAAGAAGAUUACGAAUCCUUGAAGAAUGGAGAUCCGAUUCAAAAAGACUCUGAUUUGUUUAACUUUUUGCCAUUUAUGGAUGAAAAUGAAAUUAUCAGACUAGGAGGAAGAUUAGAAUUUGCUGAAUUAUCUACAGAAGAAAAACAUCCUAUUAUUCUUCCAAAACGGUCCUGGCUGACAUUUUUAAUCGCGAGAAGAGAACAUGAGAAAGUGAUGCACGGUGGAACAGCUUGUACUUUAGCGCGAAUUCGGCAACGUUUCUGGAUUCCAAAAGGACGGCAGUUAGUCAAAGGUGUAAUGAAAAAGUGUCUAAUCUGUCAAAAAUAUCUUUCGAAGGCUGCUAAUCAAAUUACAGCUCCGUUGCCGCUUGACAGAAGUAACACCUCGCCUCCAUUCUCAGUUUGCGGAUUAAAUUUUGCGGGACCAAUUUAUGUGAAAAUUUUUACAGAAGUUCGAAAAUCUUAUAUAGUUUUGUUUACAUGUGCGAUUACUAGAUCAAUUCACCUUGAACUCGUUAGCGAUAUGACUACAGAUUCCUUCUUAUUGGCACUUCGAAGAUUUUUAGCUAGAAGAGGAAACUGUAAGGUAAUAUAUUCGGAUAACGCGAAAACCUUUAAAAGGGCGAAAAAAGAAAUAGAAGAUUUAUCAAAAAUUAUUUCUGACAAAUUACUUUCGCAAUUUCUAACUAAAGAAAGAAUAGUUUGGAAAAAUAUAAUUGAAAGGGCGGCUUGGUGGGGAGGUUUUUACGAGCGACUUGUGAAAUCCGUAAAAGAUUGCCUGCGGAAAAUUGUAGGGAAAGCUUUAUUAAAUUUUGAAGAAAUGUCUACAUUGCUUACAGAAAUAGAAACCGUCCUCAACUUGCGACCGCUAACUUACGUUUAUAAUGAAAAUAGUGAACCUUUGCCUUUGACACCAAUGCACUUCCUAAAUUUUGGUCGAGAACUUCAAUAUCCUAUCAAUUUCGCUGAGAUAGUAGAAAAUGAAUCGAAAAGAUCUUCACUUUUGAAACGGAAAAAAUAUCAAUCUCUUCUUCUCCGGCAAUUAUGGAUAAAAUGGAAGCAGCAAUAUUUACUUGACCUCAGAACUGUUCACUCUUUGAAUAAUCCAAACAAACAACCGGCACUUAAGAUAGGAGAUGUAGUGCUCAUCGAAGAGGAUUCCAAAAACAAACUGCUAUGGAAACUCGGAAAAAUUGAGCGUUUCUCGGACGGGAUAAUAACGUACGCUCAUACGAAGUUAAAACUGCUUCUGGACUUUUGCGGAGAACGAUACAACACUUGUAUCCCUUGGAACUUUGAACUUUGGAAUUUGAACUCUAUAUUAAUUUAA